AUGAUUUGUAUGAGCUGGAACUAUCGAGGGCUUGGGAACCCUCGCACAGUUCAUGAACUCCACCUUCUGGUGAAGACUAAGCAGCUCAACUUGGUUUUUCUCUCUGAAACCAAGUGUGAUAGUGUGAAAAUGGAAAGAGUUAAACUAAAACUGGGACUCGAGAAUUGCUUCUGUGUGGACAGUAGAGGGAGGAGUGGAGGCUUGGCCCUUCUAUGGGAUAACCACUUGGAUGCUGAGAUCAAGAACUACACUAACUGGCAUAUCUCAGUGUUGAUAAAACUUCCCAAUGAACCUACAAAAUGGCAAGUAAUAGGCUUCUAUGGCCAUCCAGUUACAGCUAAAAGACAUGAAAGCUGGGAACUACUAAAGGCCCUUAAGCCAAGCUCAAGUACUCCUUGGAUGUGCCUUGGUAAUUUCAACAAAAUCACCCACCAUAGGGAGAAGUAUGGGGCUUCUAACAGACCAUAUGGGCAGAUGGUGAAGUUCAGGGAGACUCUCAGUUUCUGCAAUCUUUUUGACUUGGGGUUUAGUGGUAGCAGAUUCACUUGGACCAACAACAGGGAAGGCAGACACUUCACAAAGGAAAGACUCGACAGGGCCUGUGGCAAUAGCAAGUGGAUCAACCUAUUUGGAAACUUCACUGUAACUCAUUUGGAUUGUUCUCAAUCUGAUCACAGCCCCAUAAUAGUCCAGAAAACAAGCCAAUUCCCUACUAGAAAGAGGAACAAAAUUUUUAGAUUCGAAUCAGCCUGGACUAGACAGGAAAUGUGUGAGGAAAUCAUCAAAAAAGUCUGGCAACCCUCCACCAGAUCCCCUAACAACCUGAUCAGCACCAUAAAAGGACUUACCUGUUGUCAAAAGGAACUGAAAUCAUGGAGCAGAACCACCUCUAGGGGCCAAGGAACUCUUAUAAAAGAGAAGAGUGAGGUACUGAACCAACUAAAGAGAGAUAACAAGGGGGAUCUUCAAUAG